CUUGCGGCCACUGUUCUGAAUUAUUUUCAAUUGAAGCUUUGGAACAGAUUAAGAGAAUACUUAAGAAAAAUGGCAUUUUAGUAUUGAAUUUUGUUAGUUCUGAACAGUGGCCGCAAGCUGAAAGUUUAGCAUUAGUAGCAAAAACAAUCAAGUCAAUUUUUCCAUAUGUAAAAUGUUUCAGAGAAGGUCCACAAAGUUCCGCAUCUUUUCAAAACAUGGCUUUUUUCGCAUCUUCAAUUUAUAUCAAUUUCAGAACAGCAACACAAGCUGACUUUUUAGGUAGCGCAAGUAGAGAAUAUGUACUUGGAAAUUUUCUUAAUUGGCAAAUCAACUUAAUGAAUUAUCGAAAUGUUACCGAUAUUAUUACUGAUACACAUAAUCCUUUGGACAAGUUGCAACAGAUAUCGGCAUUUGAACAUUGGAAAAUUAUGAGAGAACUAUUUCCACAAGAAAUUAUCAUUUUAAUCGUGCAACCGUUCGCAAAACUUGCUAAAUUUCUUGACAGCAGAUUGGUUAGUGACCCCUCUGACUGGGCAAACAAACUUCACGCUAAAUAUGGUGGUAUGUGGGAAGUUUAUAUAUGUUCUGAGAGACAAGUUUGGAUAGGUCGCGCUGACUUAGAUGAAAAACUCUUUAGUCCAUUAAUUAACAACAAUUAUUUUCUUCGCACAACACAUAACGAGGGUCUGAAUGAAUUAGGAUUACUUGACGAAGGACUUGUGUUCAAUCAAAAUUUUAAUCACUGGAAUUAUAAUAAAAAAAUUCUAGAUAAGAAUAUUUCGUCACCAAAUUUUAUUAGACAGUCUAUUUUGUGGACGCAAGAAGUUUUUAAAGAUCUAGACCAAUACUGGAAUGCGCUCGGGGAAGAUCGUGUUAUAGAAUUUCCUGAAUGGAUGUCAAGAUUUUUUAUUGACGCGACUUUCUUAGUGUUUUCUAAUAAACGAGGUUAUUCUCUAACUAGUUAUUAUAAUAGAUUGUUACCCAGUAAGAAAAUUAAAGUUAAGGAUGACUUUUUGAAGGAAAGUGAUGCUUUUGUCGCACAUUCUGAAGGAUAUGACAAAAGUAUGGUCUAUUUUUUCUUUGUUCCAACAUUUAUUCGUCAUUUUCCGGGAAUGAAUUUAUAUACUCAGCAUAUGUUAUCUCAUAAGAAGUGGUUGAAGGAUAAUUUACUUGAACAAAUUCGAGAAAGACGAAAGGAACUUGGAAAUGCACCCAAAAAUCAAAAAUCAUCACCUGAUCUAUUGACAGCAUAUUUGACGACAAAUGAUGAGCAUGGUAAGCCAUUGGCAGAUGACAUCAUUGUUGGAAGUUAUCUGGAAGCGGUGAGUGGCGGAAUUCAGACGCCAGCGAAUUAUAUGUGCUUUAUAGUUUAUUAUUUGGAUCUCUAUCCCCACUUUAAACAACAAGUUUUUCAGGAAUUAGAUGAGGUUUUCGGCCAAAAUUCAGACGUGCAAAUUACAUAUGGAGACUUAAUUAAACUUGAAUUCUGUGAAGCUGUUAUCAAAGAAGAAAUUGCAUUACAAUGCGCUGAUUUCUUUACGCUUUCUCGAAUAUAUAAUAGUCGGUCGCUUUUGCUCGACC